AUGGCUCGUACACGGGCUACCAAAGGGCGGCCUCGACCGCCAUCCCGCAACGUCAUUGCUAGGAUCGUACCAAGACUCGAAUCUACAGUCGAAGCACUCCGUGCAUCAAUAACAUCCAUAGAACUAGACAACAACAGGACAGACAAGACACCUCUUGUUCUCGACGAAGGACGAGCGCGCGGUACUGCAGAUUUUGUACGAGAUAUGGAUGAAGAAGAAGAGGGUAUGAUAAACAUCAAGCAAGAAGAUGAUGAUAUGGUAGAUGUAGUGAAGAUCGCAGCACGCGCAAAAAGGCGCAUUCAAAAUCCAGCGCCAAAAGCUUCAGCAACGAAGAAACAUAAGCCAUUUCCAGCUAUUUAUACUGCUCGUACUACACGUUCGAAGACUCUGACUUCCAGAAUCAAACCGGACAGCAUUCAUUCUGACACCAACACCGAUACUUAUAGCGAGGCAGAACAUGAUUCCAAGGCAUGUGACAGCACGAUCAUGGACACUGGUAGCUUUCGAAAGAAUGCGGAAAUUUCUCACAUCAACUCAUCCCUCGAUCUCUUACGCCCAUACAUGGCCUUUCAGCUUUCAGUUUCUGGACUCUCGGGCAAAGCAUACAAGGCUGCCCAAGUAUCUAUGGCGUCAGUGCUUGAUGUGGCAGAGAGCUUGGAGAAACAGGAAAGCAUAGCUCUGAUGAAAAAGCGCAAUAGCCUAAGUAGUAGCGCUGAGAAUGGUGAGAUUCGUAUGGAUCGAGAGAACGGAGCAGGUGGGGAAGAGGAGGAAGACGUGUUGCCGAGAAAACAACGAGAAUUGAAUGAACAAACGAGGAAGAGACUCCAGCUGAACAAGAGGAGAAAAGGAAAAAUGGGUAAGGAUAAUAGAGACGCAAUCAUACGUCCCUCUUCCAGCUUCUCAACCUCCUCCGAUGCAGCAACAGAGGUAGCAAGCGACACGGAAGAUGAAGCCAAGUAUCCACCGACCAAGCCUCUCUCUGUACUCUCCACAACAUCAUCUUACCAGUCCCUUCACAGAUCAACAGAUUCAGCCGAGACCAGUUCGUAG